UAAAGAUUUAAAAUACACCAAUCAUAUAAGAUCUGUGACAUGGCCGGUGACGGCGGCGCCACCGCACCAACGCCGUCACACAAAUUGUCUACAAAUACCGCAGCGCUAAGAUCUGCUGCUUGAACACUUGUGCACAUAAAUAAACACUGUGUGCUGCUCAAGGAGAUUAAAUCAUUGAGAGAGAGAGAGAGAUUAUGGCAGAGAUGAUUGAAGCUUUUGUGUACAAGGAAUCCUUAUCGAUUUACGAGAAAUGCAUUUGCGCGGCGACGCUUUUCUACAUCCUCGGUUUAGCCGUUCUAGAAGUUUCCGGGAAGCAUCUGCAGUACUCCAAAUUCUGGAAUUUGGGAUCCAAUAAGUCUUCGAAAUCUGUGGUUUCGAGUAAGGUCGGGAUGCUGAUUAUCUACACGCCGGCGUUAUUCGCCGGCGUCUCCUCAUUCUGGAUCUUCCCCGGCGGCGGGAUCAGGUUUCUGAUGCUGAAAUCUGCUGUCACCAUUCACUUCCUCAAGAGAGACCUCGAGGUAUUGUUCCUUCACAAAUUCAGCGGCUUCUUCGUCGUGGAGAGUGCAGUUAUCAUUUCAGCCACCUACUUCACAGCUGCAGCCGGCUUUGUCUACUUCCACCACCAAACUCGGGGGCUCCCGGAGCCUACGGUCGACCUCAAGUAUCUUGGCGCCGUGCUCUCUCUCGUAGGGCUCUCGGGCAACUUGUACCACCACUACCUCCUCUCCAAGCUCAGGAAGAAGGAUGGGAAGGGGUACGAGAUCCCUCGUGGAGGUCUGUUCAAUCUCGUUGUAUGCCCCCAUUACCUCUUCGAGAUCACCACCUUCGUAGGGUUCUCGUUCAUCUCCCAGACGAUGUUCGCCUACGCGUGUGCCGUUGGAGUGGCAUUCUACUUGCUUGGAAGAAGCCAUGCCACCAGAAAAUGGUAUGUCUCCAAAUUUGAGAAUUUCCCCAAGAAUGUCAAAGCUCUUAUCCCAUAUGUUUUCUAGAUUUUAUUGAGGUGUGAUGCAUCUGUGUGUGCUGAAAUACCCUCAACUGUGUGUAAUCUCUGAUUGAUUUGUGUUUUGUUUUGUGAAUAAUAAAGAAAAGGCUAUGGAAA